AUGAUCAUGUAUAAAUUAAUUUUAUUUAAUAUUUUUCUCCUAGUUUUUACAAUUCACGGUUUUCCAGUGGAAAAUGAUAAUGAUAUUUGCGAACAAUUUUUUUGGACCGUCGAUGGAAAUCAUUACGACGGAGCAGUCUUUGGUGGCAGCAGUCUUUGCGGAACACAAAAAGAAAAUCAACAACGAUUAUCAGAGGUUUCGUUCGAACGACAAAGAAAAAGGAGAAUGACGAAAAGAGAUGGCGGCGGUGGUGGAUCUUUUAAACUUUUAGAUAAUUCCGCUUUCGGCACUAUCGGAUCCCUCAUGAACAUCAUAAAUUCCGAUUUAAAUCUCAAUAUAAAAACAGAUCCCGCAGUCGCUUGCAAAGCAUGUAAAACAGGGAUUCAAAUGAUGAAAGUUUUCAUUAAGUUAACAAAAUCAAAUGAUGAAUUAUUAAAAUUAGCAACGAAAUUAUGUUCGGAAUUGAAAAUAAUGACGGAAGAAGUUUGCGAGGGUUUGGUAGAAAUAAACGGACCUGCAAUUAUACACAUUCUUAACACGACUAAAUUGCCACCGAUAGACGUUUGUAGUUUUCUCGUUAAAACGGAUUGUAAUAAAAUUAAAAAUAAAGAAAAUCUUUGGCACGUGGAUUAUCCGAAAACAACGGAAAAACAAGGGAAACAAUUAUUUCCUCUUUCAAACCGGAAAUUAAUCCCAAAUGCGCCUCAGUUAAAAGUUCUACACAUAUCGGACACACAUUACGAUCCGCAUUAUAAAGAAGGUACACCGGCAGAAUGUUCUUUGCCGUUGUGUUGCAGGGAUAUGGUAGGACAAACGGGACCGAAUGCGACAAAAGCCGGACGUUGGGGAGGUUGGAAAUGCGACAUACCGGAAAAAACUUUGGAUAAUCUUUUGGAACAUAUUAACAAGCAACAUCCGGAUUUAGAUUAUGUUAUAUGGACGGGUGACGUACCACCUCACGAUGCCUGGACUCUGAAAAGAAACGAAAGUUUGGAUAUAUUAACAAAAACGAUAAAUAAAAUGAUGAAAACUUUUCAAAAAAUUCCAAUUUUUCCAGCUUUGGGAAAUCACGAAGCCGUUCCAACUAAUUUAUUUCCAACGACGAAUUCAAUUGAUGAUAAAUGGAGCGUUGAUUGGUUGUAUGAAAAACUGGAAAACGACUGGAGUCACUGGCUCGGUAACGACACAUCCGAUACAAUUAGAAAAGGAGGUUUUUACACGAAAAAAAUCCGCGACGAUCUUCGAAUCGUUUCUUUGAACAUGAAUUUUUGCUAUUAUAACAAUUGGUGGCUGAUACUCAACAACACGGAUCCGAUGGAAGAAUUAAAAUGGCUCGUUGACAUUUUGGAAAAAUCCGAGAAAAACGACGAAAAAGUUCACGUGAUCGGUCACAUUCCAGCCGGAAACGGUGAUUGUUUAAAAAUAUGGCAAGAUAAUUAUUAUAAAAUAAUACGAAGGUUUAACGACACGGUUGUCGCACAAUUUUUCGGUCACACUCACACGGAUGAAUUUGAAUUAUUUUACGACGAAAAGGAUUUUGAUCAUCCCGUGGGUAUCGCAUACGUCGGACCAAGCGUGACGACAUACACGUACCUUAAUCCCGGAUAUAGAAUUUAUUACGUCGACGGUGAUCACGAAUCAACGACGAGAUACGUCACGGAUCACGAAACGUGGAUAAUGGAUUUGGAAAAAGCAAACGAAGAUGGCGGAGCGGAAUCACCCGAAUGGUACAUGCUUUACUCCGCUAAAAAAUCGUAUAAUAUGACGUCAUUAACGCCGCAAGAUUGGCAUGAUUUUUUUGAAAAAAUUAUGACCGACGACGAAACCUGGGAUUUAUAUUACAAGCAUUAUUGGAAGGAUUCGAAUAGAAGACCGGAAUGCGAUUCGGAAUGUAAAAAAAAAUUAUUUUGCGAUAUAAAAUCUUGUAAUCAAUACGGUCCCAUCAAAAUAUGA